AUGGCUACUUUUAAAGGUGCUGCCAGGGAAGCUCAAAGGGCUGCUCUGUUAAUGAAGCAGCGUGAAAAAGAACGUCAGGAGCUGGAACUCCAGAAGAAGAAACUUGAGGCGGAAAUGCGAGUCGGGGAAAUGUCGACAAAGUUUGCCGUACAUUAUGAUGCAAUUGAACACCAAUUGAAGACCAAUACAAGUUUACUGUCAUUCGCUGAUGAAGAGGACGCCGAAGACAUCAUUAAGCCCCCAACUUCUGUUGCCAAUACCUAUGAGUUGACGGAAAAAACUGAAGAACAGCUGGAACCUGAGGAACUCACACCUGUUGCUGAUGAGGAUGUAGCUAAAACUGAGAGUGAGAACCAUGCUAAACGUAGACGUCUGGGGAAAAAUCCAACAGUUGAUACUAGUUUCCUUCCCGAUAUUAAAUUUCGUCCUUAUUCUUCAGCUUGCCGUAUACCACACAAUAUACCUCCACAUGUUUUAGCCGACUAA